UUUUUUACUAGUUUUGUUGAUUUUUUAACGCUAUGGUCGGUAAGGGGGACGCGACAAGCAGUAGAAUCUUCCACCAAUGUUAUCUGAAGUGUUGCAAGCUCCAAAACCUGACGCCGCUGAAUGCGGUAAUCCCGGGCGGGAAUGGGAAGGUGUUGGAUUUCUGUGUGGACAGAAUCAAGUACCAGGACUGGCCGCCAAUUCUAAACGCGCUCAGUUGUGAUCUGAGCUUACACUCUAUUUCUGUAAGAUGCCGACAGCAAGUCAAAACUGUAUUAGAACACAUAGACUGCGAAAGAUUAGCAAAGACAGUGAACAAGCGUGCGGUGAUUCUAACAAACUUCAUGUUGAGCAACCUGAUAGAAGCUUCCACUCAGCUUCUGUCCAACACCACACUCCUGACGUCUUUGCUACUUGAGGGGUUGCCAUUGAAAAUACCCUACUUGAACCCAUUGUGCGAGGCGCUGCUAACGAAUAAUUCGCUCCAACACAUCUACCUGCCACGUUGUCUGGUCGGAGACGCGGGCUGCCUGGCUGUAUGCAAGGCGGUGCGUUGCCUGCCCAACAUACUGACGCUGGACUUGUCCGGCUGCGACCUCACGGCGCUUGGUGCCAGCUACAUUGCUGAUUUGAUCAAGUACCAGAAGAUCCACCGCUACAGUGAGAACUGGAUACACACACUGCGCUACCGGUUGCCGGAGCUGGACGCGAUGUCAGGGCUCCGACGGAUCACAUUGUGUGCGAACCCACAGCUGGGCGACGCUGGAGUGUGCAAGUUACUUGAUGUACUUGCUGAUGACUUGUGGAUAAAAGCACUGGACGUCCAGAACUGUGGUCUAUCAGAUCUGACUGCGUCGGCAGCGUUGCAUAUGCUGCAGUCGAAUACGACAGUAACGAUCUUGGACAUGCGACAUAAUGCGGAUGUCUCCAGUGAGUGGCUAUCCAAAGUCCGCGCGGGUUUGAGGGAAAACGAACGAGGGGUGGGAGGACAGUACUCAUGGCUUGGCAAUGCAAGUGGAACUACUUCGAGUGACGGUAGAUCCGUGAAGUCGGUCAUAUCUAAAAAUGGGAUUAUGUCAAGGGAUAGACUGUCAUCCAACACAAGAACUGGCCAGAAUAAGUACGUCAACAAGACAAAUGUAGUUAAGAAAGAAAAGGAUUAUUCCGAUACGCUAGAAGAACAGCUGCAAGAGGAGAUCUCGCAUCGCCAGCAACUCGAGGAGCUGAACCUACAGUUGGUAGAUCAGAUGAAGCAGCUGAAACAACAGCAGAUACGGCUCUGGGCCAACGGGGGGAAUGGCGGGACAUCCUCAGGUUCAGAGCAAUCUGUCCAAGCUAGCUCAAGAUCGUGCGAUCUAUCGAGCAGCUCGGGCUCCUCGAGUUCGGUGCCGAUUGACCAGAACACGCUUUCAUACAUACAACAAGCUUUCAAGGACAUAUAUGCCUUCAUCAAGAACAACCAGUGUCAUGGGCAAUGCCUACACGAAGGACACAUAAAAGAUGACGAGGCACAGCCAGUGGAAGUGAUAAGGGAAGUACGGGAGACUGAAGAGAUAGAGACGACUGACCUCCGCGUCAACAUCUCACCGAAGAAGGCGCAGAGUUCGCACAUCAAGCUCGUCGACGUCAAGAUGAGCAAGACUACGAAGUCCGCACACAUGCUUGGCGACUCACAACAUAGGGACAAUACCGACAUGAAGCCGGAAAUGAUUGAACGACAGAUGGGAGAUUCGAAAAACGCUCAUGGUGAUGAUCAGAUUACCGUUGAAGACUUUAUCGCGACUCAGACCAAGGCUAAUAAGAAAAACAUAUACGAGACGAUUAGUCCGUGUAGCAGCAUAGUAAGCGACUCGUCGGAAACGUUGGUGUGUUCGCCAGAGUCCUCUCUCGCGCCCAACCCACGCGAGGCACUCUACUCAUCCACUAGCGACGACGAAAGCUCUUGAAAUCCACCUAUUUAUAUGAACAAAACUUUU